AGGGAAACUCCCACAGAGGGAACAGGUGGAUCCGGCUGCACCAGAGUCAGUGUGUGUUGCUCCGCAGAAAAGAUUCCUGAAGCCACCGAGGAGGAAAAGGGAAUACAGACAGAUAGAAACCAUGGCCGUGAAUAAAUGCAUCAAAUACCUGCUCUUCUUCUUCAACCUCCUCUUCUGGAUUAGUGGUUGCAUCAUCCUCGGCGUCUCCAUCUACCUGAAGGUCUCCAAGGAUGGAAACGUGAUCACCAACGAGUCUCUCCCGGGGAUCGACCUGAUGAUCGCGAUCGGAGUGAUCAUCCUGGUGCUGGGCUUCCUGGGAUGCUGGGGAGCGAUCAGAGAGAACCGCUGCUUGCUGCUGCUGUUCUUCAUCAGCCUCCUCGUCAUCUUCGUCCUGCUGCUCGCUGCCGGCAUCCUGGGAGCCGUGGAGGAGAAGAAGGUGAAGAUCUGGAUGAAGGACCGUCUGAAGACGUUCAUCCCACUGUCGUCCCAACCAGACAAUGUGAUUGAAGACCUGGAGAAACUGCAGAAAGAGCUGAAGUGUUGUGGGCUCGUUAACGGACCCUCUGAUUGGACGAAAAUUCCCGAAUCGUGUCGCUGCAACGCCACCGAGACAGACUGCAAGUCCAACGCUAUUUACCAAGAGAGCUGCUCGGACAAAAUCAUCAACCUGAUGGAGCAACACUUGGAGGUGGUGCUGGGGAUCGCCUUCGCUAUCGCCAUCCUGCUGAUUUUCGGCAUGGUGUUCUCUAUGGUCCUCUACUGUCAGAUCAGCAGGAAGGACGGCGCGACCACCACCACCGCCUGAACAUCAGGAGCCAAUCAGCAGAGCCCAAAGGACCCAUGUGACCUCAGUGCUGCUGUAACCUUAAUCCAUGGCUUUACAACUGGAAGCAAACGUGAAUGUUAGUGUGUGCAAAGCUGUUAAACUAAGUAAAUAUCUACAUUAUGUGACUUUAAAUGUAACAAUGUCCAUGUUUCCAUCUCACUGUGGCCUCGAGGAACAAAAUCCAGUAAAAUGAUUGUAAACAAAUAAAUAAUUUGUACCGUUUUGGGCCCAUUAUGUCUGCUAAAAGCACCCGUAUUAGUGUUUCUGCUGGUUGCUGUGUGGAACCUGUCCCUAUGUUACAUGAGAAAAGCUUCAAAUCAAAUUAUAAUGAAGUUAUCAGGUGGUAUUUCUGUUAUUUGCGAUGUCCGCUGCCUUUUUCUCACAAAUUAUCCCUAAAGAAUCCUCAGGUAAUCAUGCUACCUUCACACAUACACAAUAAAACAAAAGCCAUUUUAGAAUAAGCUUUACAUAACUUAGACCGCGUUGUUGAAAUAGCUUUGAUUGUUUUUAUUAUAAACUGUACUCUGAUCUCGUUGUGAGGAUAUCUUUUUUUUACCUCUCCCUUGUUUCCUACCCACUCGAUUCCUCACCACUAUUUCUAUAUUUGUUUUAUCGCCUAACUUGAAUUAAGUUUAGGACGUCAAAUGUCAUACUAAAGAAAAAGGGAAAUAAAGAAAUUAAAACAUAA